AUGUACAUAGGCGAGCGCAUCGCGGAGCGGGAGCAGUGGGCGGCCUCGACUACCCGUCCUUUCGUUCGGCGGCGGCUGGCGCGGCCCCACAAGGAUGGCAGUGCUGGCAAAGACCUCCAAGUGCCAGCGCCCGUCGGUGAGAGCGGCGGAGUGCGCAGGCGCUGCGCGGAGGGACGCGAGCUGACCAGGGACGCGAGCGAGUGCGGGUAUCCGAUGAGCUGUCUGGGUUGUGGCUGCGUGAUGCCAGACGACGUAUACAUGUUUCUCUGUGCGUCGGAAGAUUGCGAUGAUUGCUUCUGUGUGAAAUGCGCGCAUUUCAGGUUUCAGCAUCGAUGA